AUGCCUUCUUCAACAUCAGCGUCUCCUUCUUCUUCGAAUAUUCUGAUCCCAUCUUCAAAUUCGAAUAUUCCCAUUGAUUCAUCACCGUCAGUGGCGUAUGAACAUAUUCUAGGAACAAAUGUUGCCACUAAUGCUGCGACAAAUUCAAAUGGCUGUUAUAUUAUAAAGCCAUCUUCUAAAGCCAAGCCUUCUAUGAGUCGAUUGGAUAAAUCGGCGUCCAAAUCGAUCAGUAAUAAUAAAAGUAAUAAUGAUAAUAAACGACUGUCAACGAAGACGGCGACUACAGUAACAAAUAUAGAUGCUCACAGGAACCAUAUUUGUAGUGACAACAAUAUCACUAAUGAGCAACAGGAGAGUGAUCAAAAUGAAGCAUCGAAAAAUACUGUUAUCAAUAAACAUUGUACCAAUAAUCUCUUAAUGCAUCUUCAAUCGAGUAAAGUUACUAAUCAUAGUAGUGAUGCUAACAAUAAGAAAGCAACUCAUCAUCAAUCGAAUAUCAAUCCAAAGAACUGCAACCGAACUUCUCACUCCUAUUCGCCACCUUCCCAUCCAAUAGCUUCUCGUGGAAUCAGCAAUAAUAAUAAUAAAAUAUCUUCUACUCCUCCUCCACCCACAACAGCAAUAAUCCUGGAAGCAAGUGCUUUCUGUAAUGGAUUUGGUGCUGUUUCAAAAAAACGACGUAAGCCAAGACAAGAAAUUUGUGCACCACUCAAAUGGCUAUGCUUUAUACUCAAUUUUCUAGUCUUUCUAAUCGGUGUAACUUGCCUUGCUCUCGGUGUAUAUUUGUGUGUUAAAGACCCAAGAAGCAUAACAGAAUGGGCUGAUGUUUUAUUAAAUCCGGCAGUUAUGCUGACUAUUAUGGGACUUUUAAUUUGUAUUAUUUCAUUAAUGGGUUCAUUUGGUGCAUUAAGAGAUAAUAUCACCUUGCUCAAAACAUUUUCGUUGAGUGUGUUCUUCUGUUAUAUAUUAAUUGUUAUAUUCACAUUUCUAUUAUUCAUUCUGUUUUAUUCGGAUACCACUGAGGGUCUAUCUGCACAUAGUAUUUUAUUGUAUGCAAUCAAAAAAUAUCAUACAAAUCGAAAUUUGGCUGAUUUUGUUGAUUAUAUUCAAGAGCAAUUAGAAUGUUGUGGAGUGUCAUCCAUAUCACAGGGGUAUCGCGAUUGGCAAUUAUCUGAGCAAUUCAACUGCUCAGAAAUGAAUCCAUAUCCCGAAAAAUGUGGUGUACCUUUCAGUUGCUGUAGGAGAUCAGUUGUAUCUGAAGCAGCGGGAUCGUCGAAUCCACUAUUGCCAGCCAUGCGUUCAUUUGAAUGCUGGCAGAAUGCGCAGUUGAAACGACCACAGGAGAUCGAGACUCAUUUGCAUACGCGGGGAUGUUUGCAGCCGUUACGGGUCAUUUUUGAGAGUCAUGCCCUUCAUAUUGGUGCCGUUGUUGCCGCUAUUAUUGCGCCUGUUUGUAUAUCAGUAUGUCUAUCAAAUGUAUUAGCCAAGCAAAUUGAUCAUCAACGUUACUUGUUGAAACGUGAAGCGAGGCGUUGUGAACGAAGACGGCGCCGUCGAGAGCGUAAUCGAUUCCGGGAUCCAUUCGACCGAUUUGAACGUAUCACUGAUAAUCGAACCCCUUUACCUCCAGCCUCCGCACCACCCAAAGCCCCACCACCUCAAGUUCAAGCUAAAGCCUCAGGCCUAUUACCAUCAUCAGUGAUACCAGCGAAUGCUCGAAAAGAGAGCGUCCUAUCAAAUCAAAUAGAUAGGAAAUCGUCUAAGCAUUCCGACGACAUCAUGCCAUAUGUCGUGCAACAGCAACAAUUUCAAUCGAAGUCAAAUCGUCAGAAUGUAAAUAACGAUUUGAUGGAAAAAAGACAAUUGAGAAGUCACCAACUGAGAAAUAAUACGAAUCGUAAUUUAAAUAAUACUGAUAACAACACUGACGAUUUCGGUAAUAUGAAACCAUCUAAGGCGAAUGCUUCAAAGCCAUCUUCGAAACAUAUCGGUGGACUGCACGUUUACUGA